AUUAACAUACAACCAAACAAUAAAUUGUUAUAAAGAAAAAAAAACAACAGCAACAACAACAAAAGGCUGAAAAAUGAACAGUCACUAUCAGUAAGAAGAAAAAAGUCACAGAAAACCCGUCACUUACUUACACAAUGAGAUGCUGCUGAUGCCGAUGAUGAUGAUUAUGAUGAAAAGUAGAAGACAAAAAUUUUAGUUAAAACCUAAAAAUAAUGAAAAAAUCUUUAGUCGAUAAAGAGCAAUAAACGGGAGCGAACGAACGCCUGCGAACAGCAUCUUAAAAUCGAGUGAACAAAAGAAACACUCAACCAGAACAGUGAAAAAAUUUAACUAAAAAUACCAAAACUGUUUUGGAGUAUAAAACGUGCAAACAAUAAAAACAAAAACUCGCUAACAUAAAUCUCAUAAUUAUUUUAAAACGCUGCUUGUGCUGCGCACUAAAUAAAAAAUGAAUAAGAAUUUAUUAAUAACGUUUUUAUGUAUGGUAUGCAUACAUUCUGUCAGCGUUUAUGGGAAAUCUUUAUUCGACAGCAAAUCGAAUCCAGAACACGAUCUAAAACCCGAAGGAGCUACAAGUUAUUCGAAUUUUUGGCCAUAUCACGAAAAUGAAUAUCGUCAUGUGCGUUAUGGACGACAUAAGCCAUAUAGUCAUUUCGAUUCUGACUCGGAUUAUGAUGAUGGUGAAGACGACGACGAUUCAUUUUAUGGACAUAAUCAUGAUUACCAUGAUCAUCAUUUCCACGACAGUUAUCCGCCAAAACACAUACCACAUCCAGUUUAUGGUGGCAGUCAUGAAAGAAAUCCACAAUUUGGGGUACAUGGUGGUUCACCGCAUGUGAGUACUGGAUAUGGAAGACCAUCCGUACAAGGAGGUUAUGGCGGACGUCCGCCAUUUCCAGGACACAUUCCUCCACGAUUUCCACCACCUCCGGUAACGGAUAACAGUUUUAUAAACCCUUGGCACGAACAGCCUCCAUCAAACUCUUGGACACCUUUUAUCCCUGCCCCUGGUAAUAGAGAUGUAAUAUCACAGAUUCCAAAUGUUCCUAAGACCACAUCAGUGCCUCUUCCAACGUUAAGUGCUUCCUCGACCACAACGGAACCAUCAACUACAGCUCCUACAACGUCAUCCACAACGACGACAACAACUACCAUUGGUCCUCUUGAAAUAGAUUUACGUUCUGGUUUUAAAUAGGUGCACUUUUAUUUAUAAGCAAUACAAUAAAAUGAAAAACCAUAUAGUUUUGUAAA